AUGUUGCACGCGGCGGUGCUUAUACUUCUAGCUCACGUUGUCAACACGGAAGAAAUAACAGAGCUUCCGGGAACACAGCAUAUGGAAAUAAACUUUAAACAUUAUUCGGGAUAUUUUCAAGUUUCAGAUACCCAUCAUUUGCAUUACUGGUUUGUGGAAUCACAAAAUGAUGCAACGAAAGAUCCGUUGAUAUUUUGGUUUAAUGGUGGACCGGGCUGUUCAUCGUUGGAUGGUCUGUUGAAUGAAAUGGGUCCGUAUGUUAUCGGUGACGAUGGAAAAACACUUCAUCACAAUCCUCAUGCAUGGAAUCAGAUGGCUUCUAUAGUUUAUAUAGAAUCACCUGCUGGAGUCGGUUAUUCAUAUUCUACCAAUGGGAUUAUUAAAACCGAUGAUAACCAGACAGCGCAGGAGAAUUAUGUGGCAAUCAAAGAAUUUUUCAAAGCUUUCUCAAACUUCCGUAAUAAUUCUGUCUAUAUCAUGGGAGAAAGUUAUGGUGGCGUUUACGUACCGACAUUAACUGUUCUUGUUAUUCGUGGUCUCGCAGAAUUCCCGAUGAAUCUAAAGGGCAUCGCACUUGGAAAUGGAUACGUCAGUGAGGUGCUAAAUAUAGAUACAUCAAUACAGUUCGCUUACAGCCACGGAUUGGUUGAUGAAAAAACGUGGAAUGAGCUCCAAAACCGGUGUUGUCAUGGCUGUAUUAAUACAUGUGAACUGACAAAUGUCCAAAAAAUUUUCCAAUUUAUAUGGUCUGGUAAUCUAAAUCCGUAUGAUCUGUAUCGUGACUGUAUUUCAAAUCCUGAGCUAAACAAAGCCCGAAUACGUGUCAUGAAAUUUGGUCUUACUGAGCCAGCGAAGAAGAAGAAAUCACUGAAAUCUGUUUUGACCUAUUUAAAACCUAUCAAUUCCUUCUCUGCAGAUGCACCAUGCAUGAACGAUUCAGCAAUGAUUCGAUAUAUGAACAAUGCGGAAGUGCGCCGUGCGCUUCACAUUCCGGAGAAUUUGCCUAAGUGGGAUGUGUGUAGUGACGAGAUCUCAACAACAUAUGAGAAAAUAUACGGCGAUAUGGCUCCUUUCGUAAAGGAAAUAAUUAAAGCAGGCGUUCGAGUGUUGUUGUAUUACGGUGACACUGACAUGGCAUGCAAUUUCAUCAUGGGACAACAGUUUUCUGCUUCGCUCAAUUUGCCGAGGAAACGAAGAAAAGAACCAUGGAUGUUCGAUUCUCAGAUAGCUGGCUUCAAGACAGAGUAUAAAGGUCUAACAUUCCUAACUGUUCGUGGUGCUGGACAUAUGGCACCGCAAUGGCGUGCACCGCAAAUGCAUUAUGUCAUCCAGCAGUUCAUCAAACCCUUUUAA